GGCAAUGUUUUUCUCUAAGAUCUAAUUGGAAAAGUACCAGACAUGAUCAAAUUUGAAAUAGCUUGACGAUUGACCUGUGCUUUUUUUAUGGCAUCCCGAUGGUCAAUCUGAGUGUUCCACCGCCGCCGCUUCCGAUGCAUCAACCGCUGCAGCAGCAUCAUCUGUUUUCACCAUUGUUCGCAGCCGCGUUUACUUCAAUGCAACAACAACAGCCACCGGGUGUGGGAGGAGGAGGAGGAUCACCGUACACGGCGAUAUCGGCAGCAGCGGGUUCCGGUCUACUGGUGUCUUCUGUGCUGGGCUACGGGCAGCAGUCGCAGCAACAACAGCCGCAAUUUCCGAUACAGGCAUACUACGGGUUACCACCGUCAACGAUGGCCACCGGAGGACCGCUGCCGCAAUACGGUCAAUUGAUGGGUCCUCCACCGCCGUAUUAUUAUUAGUAUUAUUACUGCCAUGAUUUUAUUAAAUACUUGUUUUACUAUAUGAGCUGAUUAACGACGUGUGACAUGUAGAAAUGCAGGGUCAGGACAGUUUUUUUCUCUCUUAGAUUUUAUUUCGUUACACGAUUUUUUUUAAAGAACUGUAUGAUGAUUUUAUUCUCUUUUUCAAUCAUAGUCACUAAGGAAGGUUUUCUUGAGAAGGAAGUAUUUCAACCUUUGAUACUAAGUUUUAUGGAUUUUUUAA